AUGGCCUCAGUCGCCGCGCAACCACCGCAAAACACCCCCUUUGCCCGGGCGGUGGUGCAAGCUCUAAGAUCAUUGUACCCCGAAGAGGUCGCCGACAGGGUUUGGGACAACGUCGGCUUGCUCCUGGGCAACUUCGACUCGCCCACCCAGCAGAGCCUCGGCCUGGAGCCCUCCUCCGAGCACAAGACCAUCCUCCUCACCAAUGACCUGAGCCCAUCUGUCGCACAGGAGGCUGUCGACAAGAAGGCCUCCCUCAUCGUGAGCUAUCACCCUUUCAUCUUCAGAGGGCUCAAGUCAGUCGAUCUCGUCGACCCCCAGCAAAGGCUUCUGCUCCAGCUGGCCCAGAAGAACAUCGCUGUCUACUGCCCCCACACCGCCGUCGACGCUGUGCCCGGCGGCCUGAAUGACUGGCUGGUCGAUGUCAUCUGCGGCUCACAACAGCCUCAGAGCCGUUCUGCGGUCCAGCCCACCUCGUCUCCUCCCCCAGCCGGCUUCGAAGGCGCCGGCUAUGGUAGGAAAGUCGACUUUGCCCAGCCAGUCGCGGUGAGCGACCUGGUCCGUCGCCUCGCCACGGGCCUGGGCGGCCUGAAGCAUGUCAUGGUGGCGGCGCCCAGCCGCUUUGAUGUCUCGACGGCUAGGGUGCAGUCCGCCGCUGUGUGUGCAGGCUCGGGCUGGGACGUCCUCAAGAGCUGCGCCGUCGAUGUCCUCGUCACCGGCGAGAUGAGCCACCACAACGCACUCCGGGCCACCAUGGAGGGCAAACUGGUCAUCACGGUUUUUCACAGCAAUUCGGAGAGGGCAUACCUUCGGCAGAGGAUGCAGCCGGCCUUGGAGGCGGAACUUCACAGGACUGGCGUCGAGGCACAGAUCUUGGUGAGCGAGGAGGACAAGGAUCCCUUCGAGAUCUGGGAUGUUGAGCGCCUCACUGCCGGUUCCGCGCCAUGA